UGCAUCCAUAAUUAUGUUGCUGAUAUUUUUUCGUUCCCCUCGAAAGAUGUCAGCUUCCUACCACCGUAAUCUUCCUCGAAAUAACUUUCACUGUUGAUGCAAAAUAAUAACAAUAAUAAUAACAAUAAAAUGUCAUGUCCUAACAACGUGGCUGCUGGCUCUUUCCUCAUGGAUUCUCUGGUGGGUGGACCCCCCGCCUACAGAGGUGAGGGCUACUCCGGCAGCCCUGGGAUAUACGUGCAGGCGGGCGCUGAAUACGGCUGUUCGAUGCUGAGAAACUGUGGAAUUGUACCUACACCACUUUCUAAAAGAGACGAGCUUCCACCGACCUCCCUGCCUGUAAGCGCCUACCACCACCCACCGUUCCUGCAGCAACUGGACACAUGGGGCACAGACCCCAAGGCUUCGUGCAGGAUCGCACAACCUGUUGCCCGUCCUUUGCCCUCUUGCUCCUUUCCAGCGGGCAAUGUCAAAGAGGAGGGAAUGCGUUGUUUGUACCGGGCUGACAUUGACAGGGCUAAAGAGACUACUGAACCAGCCACCUACACGCGACUUGGGGCCGACAGUAGCCAGUGCAAGCAAGGUCCUGUAUCUGAGCCGGGCUAUUUCCGAGUGAACCAGGUGUAUACAGAUGAGAAGGAACAAAAUGGAAACGAGUUCGCGACGGGUUUCGCGCCCGUGGCUAAUAUGACAGCUACUACCAAGAAGCCGCUUCAGUCAUUGCACGACAGCGGCAAAUUCGAGCGUGAACCGGCAGCUGAAGAAGUGAAGAAGGAAGAUCACAACACAUCUAAAAGACUAUCAGAGAAAGAGGAGCAUUUCAACAAGGUGGUCUGUAGCAGUACAGACAAUUCGGACAACGAAAUGAAAGAGGACUCAAAAGCGGAAAAGACGGCAGGAAACUGGCUUACGGCAAAAAGUGGAAGAAAGAAGAGGUGUCCGUACACAAAGCACCAGACACUAGAGCUGGAGAAGGAGUUCUUGUUUAACAUGUAUUUGACUCGUGAGCGCCGUCUGGAGAUCAGUAAGAGCAUCAACCUGACAGACAGGCAGGUGAAGAUCUGGUUUCAGAACCGACGGAUGAAGCUGAAGAAGCUGAACCGGGAGAGUCGCGUUCGAGAGCUCACAUCAAGCUACAGCUAUACCUGAAUACCACCCCCCCCCCCCGGACAACCACACACAAGCACACAUAAAUACAAACACACACACACUUUUUUUCUCUCUCUGGCUCUCUCUCUCUUCUCUCUCUCCUCUUACACACGUACACAUACACAUACCCACGCACGCGCACGCAUGCACGCACACAUGUACACACGCAGUUGGAAACAUCUUGGGGGGGAAAUUUAAGGAAAAACUAUUUACCACAAAAAAUCUGAUCCUUGUCUCAUUUUACUAGGAAAGACCGAUUCAACGUGCUAUUUCUAAUGCUUAUUACACGGCUGUACCGCUGUGUCUUCGUGCCAGGGCACCAAGCUUAUACGGAAAAGUACAAUCUCAAGUUUGUAUCAAAAAUGAAUUUAUAUUGCUUGUGCAUUGUGCUGAAAUAUGUUCUUCUCCCCGCGAUAUUAUUUAACCUACUCUGUUUAAUUUCACGACACUAAUUGACUGAUUGGUUGUUCUCAAUGCACUUUUAAUGUAUUGUGCUGGUUACUGCGUGCAGUAUUCGUUGCAUGUAUGUUGCUUCCCUAUAUGUGUAUGCCAAUUAGAUACCUAUAAAUGGGCCAUUCGAAAACAAUAAAUAAACCCGGGGACAUGGAAGAGUCAUUCCCCACACAA